UGGUGGUGGUGGGUGGGGGGAGCUCCGCUCGAGGUUCAUCUGGAGUGCCCCACAGACGUCGUCCUCGUGCCGGGCGAUGAAGCCGAGGCGCGGGCCACGGGUAACGCUGGCGGGGCACGAGCGGUAACGUUAUUCAGUGACCGAAACAACAACAAAAAAAACCCUCUCUUCCUCCGUGAAGCGAUGGACCCCGGGAGUUGUCUUCAUCUCAGCUCAACCUCAUAUCCGCCCAUACUGGAAACACAUUGACAUUCUCUUUAGCGGGGUGGUAGAAAAUAUUUACACGGCCCAGCCAUGGAGCCACUCAGGGGCAACCCCGGUCAGCCGCGAAUCAACAUCAUCACUCGGCAGCAAACCGAGCGACCUCCAGUUGACACACCAUGGGACCCCAAUUCCACCAGCGGCCUGGACGGUGCCACGACGUUGGGACCACUCGAGGAGAACUUGAACUGCAGCGGGAACUUCUUGGACAUGGAGUGUUUCAUGAUCCUGACCAGGGACCAGCAGACGGCAAUCGGCGUGCUUUCGCUCACUAUGGGAAUCUUUACCGUGCUCGAGAACGCCCUGGUCCUCUUCAUCAUCUUCCGCACGCGGAGCCUUCGCAGGAAGCCCUCGUACCUCUUCCUGGGCAGCGUGGCCUUCUCGGACCUGCUCUCCAGCAUCGUGUUCGUGUACAGCUUCACGGACUUCCACGUCUUUCACCGCAAGGACACGCAGAACGUCUUCUUGUUCAAGCUGGGCGGCGUCACGGCCUCGUUCACCGCCUCCGUCUGCAGCCUCUUCCUCACCGCCAUCGACCGCUACAUCUCCAUCCACCAGCCGCUGUCCUACAGGACCAUCGUGACGCGCGUCAGGGCCGUGACGGCGCUGAGCGUCAUGUGGACGAUAGCGCUGUUGACCGGAGCCCUGCCGCUCAUGGGCUGGAAUUGCCGACAGCUGCACUCCAAGUGCUCGGACAUCUUCCCGCACAUCGACAAGAUGUACCUGCUCUCGUUCAUCAGCCUGGUCACCUUCCUGCUCGUCGUCAUCAUCUACGCGUACGGCUUCAUCCUGUGGAAGGCGCACCGCCACACCACCAACAUGAUCAGGCGGGCGUCCACCAAGAUGAGCCGCGUGUCCGUGACGGAGAGGCGCAAGGUGGAGCAGCACCGCAUGGACAUCCGCCUGGCCAAGACGCUGGUCCUCAUCCUGGUCGCGCUCAUCAUCUGCUGGGGGCCCGUGCUCACCAUGAUGGUGUACGACGUUUUCGGCAGCGUGGACAACCACAUGAAGCGCGUGUUCGCCUUCUGCUCCAUGCUGUGCCUCAUGAAUGCCACCAUCAACCCGGUCAUCUACGCCAUGCGUAGCAAGGACCUGCGGAUGGCGUGCGCCGUCACCUUCCGUCCGCCGCGCAGCGUCACGCAGCCGCUGGAGAACAGCCAGGAGAGUGACGGGCAGGCCAAGUCCGCGCUCGCCACCGGCCAGACCCCGGUGCCGGCCGCUCCUGCUGCUGCUGCUGCUCCUGCUGCCGUCACCGUGGUCGACAAAGCCAGCGAGGCGACCGAAAACGUCUGCGUUCCUUCCACGUCGGGCCUCGCCUGCCAGCCCAAGACGGCGCAGAUUGUUCUGGAGACCGGCGAGCGGGUUCCUCCACAGGCCGUCUAACAAGGCGCGUGGCUCGAGGUGGAAGUCCAAGCAGGAUUCCCAAGGGGAGCAAACAAAUUACACGGCGGUCAUUGCAACGAAGCUGCUCGCGUCAAGGAUUCGUUCGGGCGAUGCGGUUGCGGAGGGUUGUUAGCCUGGAGACUCGGCGAGGCUUUCCCGGGUAGAUAAAUGAGAACGGGAAGUUGGGUUUUAUUGACAGCUGUGCGGCUGUAUCCUGUGUUCGGGGGAGCUUCUUUGGCAAUUCAGUUCCUGAAGAGGCUCCCAGCACGUGGAGCAAAACGUUGGACAUAAUGUCGAGCGAGCAGUGCGCGAUACAAUUCGAAAACACAUCAGAGCGCUAAACCAGAAGGGUUAUAUUUUUCAAAAAGGAUUUUGCCUUCUUACUUGGUGGCGACAGGCAACUGGUUGUAAUAUGUUGUGCAAAAUCACGGUAAGAAUGAAGAUAAUGUUAUUUUGUGGUGGCCGUGAUGAUAGUGUGUUCUCUUCGCCGCUCUGGCUGUGGGUUAAGCCCCCCAGUGCUUUAAUCUGUCUGAUUCAAUCGUGGGGGAGCCUUCAGUUUUUCGUCGAGUAAAAAGGCCCCAUUUGGAGUCGCGCGGUAGAUUAACUGCUUUGCGCAAUUGUGUUGCGUGACGUGUGGUCGUGUGCGCAUGUGCUGCGAGUAAUACGUUAUUUAAAUGGACAUUAUAUGAGAUACGUUAUUAUAAGUGCGUACAAAGGGGGACAAAAUGCUCCUUGAAAAAAAUCCAUUUAAAAAAAUGCUAUGUAUAUAUGUAAACGUUAAAUGUGCGACAUUAAUCUGCGAAUAAGCUGAACAACUCACUGCCACCCGACUCGUACAAUUGUAGACCAUGAAUGUCACCACAAUUUUUUUUUAAUUCCGAGCGUUUCGCUUCGCCAUAUAGAACUGGCCUUUUUUAAAUGACGCUAUUGACACUCGAUUUUAACGUUUCAAAGUCUAAUCCGCUUUACCUCCCCCAUCAUUGGGGGGGGAGGGUGAAAUUGUCAGCUUAGAGCAGCGGGGGUGAAAGCAUUGGCAGCAAGAGUAAUCAGUGCGUCUGACUUUUGCUCCUCUCUUCCAUUGCAUAACCCAUCAGGAUUAGCAACAGAUUUUAAUCAAAUUGCCGUGAUAAUAGAAGAAGUGAUGUUUAUGCACGAUGAAUAUCUUCAACUUUUAGGUAAAACAUUUUACGGUUACAUUUUUAAAAUUGGUCAAACAUUCCAAUAAUUCUUGGUUCUUUCGGUAAAGUCACGUAGAAGAGACUUUACCGAAAGAACCAAGAAUAUGAAUCCCUGCAGUCACGAAAGCUUGAAAUCAAAAUUCCAAGUAUUCCCUACGUAAACAAUCUAGGGUCUCUCAGUGAGGCUUUCCUGGGUAAUAUAAAAGACACCGUCAUUAAAUUAAGAAGCAAAUAAACAUGCCGGUUGGCACCAGUUGUUACAGCACGCAGCUCGCAAUCACAUGAUUGUGAUUUCAUAUCCUCCGUCCAAGGAUCACUUCUGCACUUUAUCCCUCGGAGGUUUAUAUAUUGAGUACCAAUUUAUGGAAAGUCAACAGUGGGUUUUCCAAGUUAAGACCAUAGAAAUGUCGAAUUUCCCCUUGUACAAACAACGCAUGCAAGCUGGAUCGUGCUUGCUUGAGCAGGAACCUAUUCUCACACCACUUACGAUAUGUAAAUAUUUGUUGUUAUCCAUAUAAUCAAUAAUAAUUCAUCAUGCUCAAUUGAUAACACAGGUCUCCAUGUGCAGUCUCCAUUCUGCUUCUGUGUAUGUUGUGAUUCGGUGAUGCACAAGAUGAAACAUUUACUGAAUAUGUAACUGUUGCGGAUGAAUCGGUGGUGUAGUAGUUGGCACACUACACAGGCAUUCAGCAACCGAGUGACCUGAAUUUGAGUUCCAUCCAUUGUAGACAUCAGUGGUGAGUGAUAUCUGGACCAGUCUUGGGUGCCUUCCCACAUCAAAACGCACUUACAAGUGUAAGUGAAGUAUGGUAGGUUUAAAAAAAUAACCCCCGUGACUGACAAGGCAUGAUGAUGCCUUCAUGCAUAUUGACAAAGGGCUAAAAAAAUUAUUAAUAUUAUCAUUAUUCUUAAGGUUAAUUUUUUUUAUUUUUAAAUCUAUCCAAGUGGCUUCUGGUACACGGUGUUCUGUUUAGUUUGAGCUGUCUGCUGUGCCGGCUGCCCAGUAGCGCGCUGUGAUUCAUAGCCUGGUUUAUCAGCAUGUGGCUUUGUGAGGGCACAUCCUGCCCAUGGCUUAUCUAUGCUUAACAGGGGUGCGGGAAUUACAUUGAAUGAAAUCAAUAUAAUUACUGCGAGUCGAUGUAACUCUCUUCUUUUUUAAUUUCCUUUCUACCUCGCCAUUAUGAAUAGUCAUUAAAAGUGUAAUGGCGUCUGCUUAAAUUAACGAUGCUCUUUUAGGCACGUUCUGAUUUUGUUUCUGAUAGCGUGGCCUUUAUCUGCUGUGCUCUUCGCAAAUCUCGUCGUAAGCUACAAACGUCCGAAACCUCCGAGCGCCAAGUUCAAGGUGUUCCAAACAAAGAAGGCAAAAUCCUUUUUGCGCAGGACAUUACGUCUGAUGUGGGCCACCCUGUCGGGGAAUUGUAAUAACUUUGCCAAUGAUAAAAUAUCAUAUGGACAGCGUGAGCCAGAGCCAUGCCUUUGGGCUCCCAUCCCACGCCUGUGGAUUCUCUUGUUUCCUAGCCGUUUCGCGAACACCGUGCGGGCCCCACAGUAAAAACGAAACGUUCCCAUCGCCGGUUCAAUCGACCUGGCUGGGUCAGGGUCGUCGCCAUCGCAAGUGAGCGGCGUUUAUUUGUGUGCCACGGAGCGCCCGUGUCAGCCGGACAUAUGUUAUAAAGGGCCCAUAAAUAAAUAAUUACACGUAAAUAUUAAAAUACAAAUUUUCAACUUGCAUAGUAAAGUAAUUGUAUUUUUUAAUUUGCUAUACAGCCAGAUACUACGACAAAUCGCUAACCUUAAACACCCAGUCGUUCGUAAAAGUUGAAGGCGGUAUAGUACUAUAGUAAUAGAGCAAGUGCAGAAUCACUGAACCGGAAUUGAUAUCUUGAAAGCAUUUAGCGCUCGGCCCUUGAAAGUGCGGGGCCCGUAGCUACUACAUAUGUAGCUACUUUUGUUACUAUGAUAAUCGGGCACUGCCACCACCACCACGAAGGGACAACCGUGAAUUGUCGCGUAGCCGCCGGCAUCUCCCGCACGGGCCCUCAAAACACAUUCUUCACCGGCAUCGUUUGCUUCGGAGAGGUUAGACACAGCGAUUAUUGUUAACUGAAUGAUUCAUUGUUUUGCAUGCGGCUUGCGCUAAUUGCGAUGGCCACUGGCGACCUCGGAAAUUGCACACAUUUCUUUUUCUUUUCCCCGCCGGAUGGAAACGCGGAGAGAAUUUUCACAUUUUUUUCAAACGCUGCUACCGUUCCCACGAAAACAUUAAUAGCUGUAACAGUAUAAUCAGUUAUAAAUGGUUAGUAUCGGCUUUAGCGCUUUGUUAUUAAAAUGCGACGGUGAACUGCAGUGUGUUUGUAGAGAAAAAAACAACUGGCUUUAAUUUAUAAACGGUUGUGGCGAAGUAAAGCCAAUUGUAUUUACGCGAGUCGUCCAAGAUAGUGGGGUCUAUUCAAGGUGCCUAAUUCAAAGCACCGUGUGAAACGCUAAAGAACUUAACAACUUAUAGUACGUUGCAAAUCUAUAUCUUAUACAUGCGGUAUACAUACAAUAUAUAUGCGGAGUGAUAUUUUGAAUGUGCGUGCUGUGACCUGCGUACGUAAGCCUCGUGCGACUUCCACUGUGGUGCUGUCUAAUGUGACGUGCGGGUGUCCACCUCUCGGUUUUUUUGGCUGAUGAUGCCUAUUGAAGAAAUCGCUCACGUAACGUCUCAUCUGGCUGCUGUCCGCCUGGGUGGAUGGAUCAGGUGUUUGACCGCUUGUGCAUUAAGAUAGCACUUGUGGCAAAAAAACACUACAGUAGAUAAUGUUUUAUGCAUGUAAGCAGUUGUAAUGGAAGAUUAGGCCAAAUAUCCUUUGGAAGGCUUCUCUAGUGCUCCCUCUAGUGGAGGCCCUUCCACCAGCAGUGACAUGGGCGUGUAAUUGCAGGGAUGCACCUUGAGCGAAUGACCAGUGCCUCUGACCAAAUUACCCAGGAUGCAUCAGAUCUCAGAAGCCAAGCAGGCGUGAGCCUGGGUAUUGCUUGGAUGGGUGAUCGUCAUGGAUCGCAGGUGUUUUAGGCUGCAGGGAUGCUGUGGGGGCAGUAGAGGGCAGACCGGCAUAAUACAUCAAUGUACUAGACUAUGAUCCCAAGCCUGUGGUCUGCACCUUCACCAACCUGUAUUGACCAGCCAUGGUAAAGUAUGGUCAAACAACCACCGAGACUCGCACGGAGUGUGAAGGCCCCUCAUCCAGCAAUGGUUGGACAAAAAAGGGCUGUACUGUGUACAUGUACAUACAUAUUAAUAUACAUAGAUUCACCCAGUAAAUAGAAUCAGUAUAUGUGAAGAUGAGUGGUGGUGGCUUGGCUGACCGAGUGAGAUCCAGUUACUGCUGGGCCAGGUCACACAAGUUGAAGGCUUCAUUCACAUAACUGCUGGGUGGCAUUGCUGCCAAAGUUCGCCGUCUAUUGUAAAAAUAACACGGCGAUCAGGACCACGCAAGGUCGCUUCAAAUGCGUCGGCAGCAGCUGUUGCGAUAUUAGUGCCAUGGACCAUCUGGCGCAUUUAAAAACAAUUUAUGAUGUGUAAGGGGCGGGGGGGGGGGAAGCAGACCAAAUAAAAACUGAAAAGCGGACACCCCACACAUUAUUUGACCAAAUGAAAUGCACCGGAGAUGUAUAACUUGUGAACUUUUAGUUGUGAACCGUCUCUGUCACCGCACUGAACUCUGUAUGAUCCCCAACUCUGGGCUCUGUUCUGGACAUGUGCAGUGUAGGCUCCUGCAAUGCCAUGCAGGCAGUGUUUGACUGGAUGGGUCAAAAUAUCAGACUUGAGGUCGGGAUUGGAAGACACAAGGAAAGUGUCCGGUCACAAUGUGAAUGCCCUUCACACAAAUGGAAUGUUUCCGACCUCACUGCUGACAUCUGUGACUGCACUUUAAGAGAUGGUUCCAACAUACACAAGUGCCAACAGUGAAAAGGGAGCAGUCUGUUCUAUUUCGAAGGUUCGGUUUUAUUAGGAAGACUUUAGAUAUCUCACGCUAAGUUGUAGAGGCUUUGUGGUUCUUUUUUUAAUGUUGUUUUCUUCUACAAGUUGAUAUCGUCUGAAACAGCGUGCGUGUAGAGGAGUGAAUAUGUGUAAAGGUGGCUUUAAAAAAAAUCUAACGAAAUAUAUAUCAGAACUUUGAUCAUCAGACUGUUGGAAAUUAUUUCAGAGGUUCCUUCUUUUCUCAGAAGGCUUCCUAUUGUGUCGUAAGUUUGUGUUUGAAAGGGUUUUUAUCUCUCUCUAUCUCUCUCUCUCUCUUUGAGCACUUGGCCCCAUAGAGGGUUCUGUAGAGGGUACUCUGCGAUUUUUCUCAUGACUUACAUUUCGUCGUUGCUUCUACUCGGGCGCUCGGGGCAAAGGCAUUGACUGUGCAUCCCGAUUUAAAGCUUUCGUGACUGCAGGGAUUCAUCUUCUUGGUUCUUUCGGUAAAGUCACGUAGAA